AUGAGCAAGUAUUUGGCACUAUGACCCAGGGCAGGUCUCCUCAAUUGCAAGGACACCUGGGUGUUUCUUCUUUCACGAUUGUGUUUGCUUUCAUAAGAUGUGUUUUAACUUAUCAGCUUUGGAUAGCAAAGUUCAUGGUUUGCGGCCAGCCAGAAGUGCGUCAGGAAGUGAGAAAGGAGGAGGGAUGAACUGCAGCAUGACAGACAUAGAACCAGCCAUGGCACGGCAGGAGACAGCUGUGAUUUUGAUGUGCAAUUAGCCAAAGACCCCAGCUGGCUCUGUUUUGAUUCAAGGUGCUCGCAGUUUUGGUGCCCGGGAUUGAGACCUCUUCAGCAACAGUGACCGCCAGCCAGCAAGCCUGCGCGUGCCCUUGGCUCUUCACCAGCAGAGAGGCCCCUUUUAGGUACUGGAAGGCUGCUAUAAGGUCUCCCUGGAGCCUUCUCUUCUCCAGGCUGAACAAGCCCAACACUCAGCCUGUCUUCAUAGGAGAGGUGCUUCAGCCCUCGGAUCAUCUUCAUGGCCUCUGGACUCACUCCAACAGGUCCAUGUCCUUCUUGUGAUGAGGACUCCAGAGCUGGAUGCAGUACCCCAGGUGGGGUCUCACAAGAGCGGAGUAGAGGGGGAGAAUCACCUUCUUCGACCUGCUGGCCAUGCUGCUUUUGAUGCAGCCCAGGAUGUGGUUGGCUUUCUGGGCUGCAAGUGCACGUUUCUGUGUCAGGUCGAGCUUCUCAUCAAGAAACAUCGCCAAGUCCUUCUCCUCAGGACUGCUCUCCAUUCUCCGCCUAGCCUGUAUCUGUGUUUGGGAUUGCCCUGAUCCAGUUGCAGGACCUUGCAUUUGGCCUCAUUGAACUUCAUGAGAUUCACACAGGCCCACCUCUCAAGCCUGCCCAGGUCCCUCUGGAUGGCAUCCCUUCCCUCCAGCAUGUCAAGUGUGCCACACAGUUUGGUGUCAUCAGCAAUCUUGCUGAGGGUGCACUUAAUCCCAGUGUCCAUGUCACUGACAAAGAUAUUAGUGCCAGUCCCAAUGCCGACCCCUGAGGAACACAACUCAUCACUGGUCUCCAUUUGGAUAUUGAGCCAUUGAUCACAACUCUUUCAGUGCAACCAUCCAUCCAAUUCCUUAUCCACCAAGUGGUCCAUCCAUCAAAUCUGUGUCUCUCAAAUUUAGAGACAAGGAUGUCGUGCAGGACAGCGACAAAUGCUUUGCACGAGUCCAGGGUGAUGAUGUCAGUUGCUCUUCCCUUAUCCACCAAUGCUGUAAUGCCAUCAUAGAAGGCAUUACAAAUGUGUCAGACACAAUUUUCCCUUAGUGAAGCCCUGUUGGCUGUCACCGAUCACCUCCUUAUUUUCCAUGUGCUUUAGCAUAGUUUCCAGGAGGAUCUCCUUCAUGAUCUUGCCAGGCACAAAGGAAUCGUGCUGACAUUGAACAACUGGCAAUGACCCUCCAUCACAUCAGCAUCCCCAUAUGAACUGGAAGGAAUUGCUGAACUAGAGGCAGAAGCUGGCUCUAGGUGACUUCGUUACCAUCCCUGACAGAUGACCAGUGACCAGCAAUCCAAAGCAGCACCCGUCAAGAGAGAGGUGUGCCCAUCUAUCUCCCAGAUGCAGAUGAGGGGAAUGACCUGCCUGUGGCAUUCCUAGAGGGAAAUGACUUCUCCCAGUGUUUUUCUUUGUGCCUCCUAAGCCCACCAGCAGGCUCAGCCAUCACAGCGAGACUCUUCCCUCAUCCCCGCUGGGCAUGUCAGCUUCUAACGCGUCUCAGACAUGCAAGGAUUACAGCUUCAACCACCACCUCCUCCUGCCUGGCUACAUCCUGAUAUUCGUUACAGGUCUGCUGCUGAACAUGAUGGCCCUAUGGAUAUUCAUCCGCUACCUGCGCCUGAAGUCUGUGGUGAUGAUCUACAUGUUCAACCUGGCCGUGAGCGACCUCACCUUCACGCUCCCACUGCCGCUGCGACUCUACUACUACUCCAACCACCACUGGCCCUUUGGUAACACCCUGUGCCAGGUCUCUGGCUCUGUCUUCCAGAUCAACAUGUAUGGUAGUUGCCUCUUCCUCCUGUGCAUCAAUCUGGACCGCUAUGUUGCCAUUGUCCACCCACUUCGCUGGCGGCAUCUGCGGCGCCCCAAGGUGGCUAAGCUCCUUUGUCUGUUCGUCUGGGUUGUGAUCUUCAUGGGCUCCAUCCCCACAGCCAUAGUCCACAAGCAAAACCACUGUAAUGUACUGAACCAGACCGUUUAUCUGUGCUUUGAAAGCUUCAGUGACAACAUGUGGCAGAAGAACCUCUUCCCCCUAGUAGUCCUGGCUGAAAUCUUGGGGUUUCUCCUGCCCCUCAGCGCUGUAACAUACUGCUCGAUUCGGAUCUUUCAGGAGCUCUGCAAGGACGGCCAGACGAAGACCCUGCGACAGCAGAAGACAGUCCGUCUCCUCUUGGUCAAUCUGGUCAUCUUCAUCAUCUGCUUUGUGCCCUAUAACACUACCCUGGCAGUUUAUGGGAUGAUAAAGGCCCAGGUGAUUAAAGUUCAGGAAGAAACACGGACCUCUGUGCGCCACGUGCUAAUUAUGACAAUGCUGUUGGCCAGCAUGAACUGCAUGCUGGACCCCUUGAUCUACUACUUUAGUACUGAGGGUUUCCGUAACACCUUUAAGAAACUGCGGUGGGGACAAGCCUGGGACUCAGAUAUAGGGACACUUAAGAAUCAGGUUGUGGACAAUAAGUCAAUCCGAGACCGCGCUGUCUCAAAAGUAAAGAAGUUCCCAGCUGAAAACUUUAUCCAUCCCAGUGAAUCUUUGCCAUCGCUUCCUACUGCAGUAUUUUUGAAUGGCCCUAUUGAGGACUCGGAAAUAUAACCACAGAAAGGUUAUACCAUUGCUGAGUCACCCGUUCAAUAAUGACAGCAAGACUGUGGGAAACAGCACAGGGUAACUUAGCAAACUCUUUGAGGGAGCCCAGCAGACUGUAUGUGGGUG